UUUUAAUUUUUAUUAGCACGAACACCGGACGGCCUGCCUCGGCGGACUGCCUACACGACAGCAGCAGCAGCCACAGGUCCCCGUUCAGUUGUUCAGCCGUUGCCAUCGCUGGAGGAUCGUCCAUCGCCAACGUCGUCGUCGUCGCUGUCGCGUGUGCCGUUCCGUUCUAAUAAAAUCAAUCGGGUAGAUCUUUUCUUUCGCGUGUGUUGUUUGUGUUUGUGUGCGUGUGUGCCUUCUUGUUUAUGUUUGUCGUCUCUUGAAAAGGGUUUUAAAGUUUAAUGCAUCCGUUUUAUUAUCGUUUCAUAUAGUGUGAGGAGCCUUCAAUGCGAUUUGUUUGAUCUUGCAACAGUGCAUAAAUACAGAAAAAAAAAUUCAAAUUAAAUUAAAUAAUCCAAAAAGUACAUAAAAGAAGUUGGGAAAGUGUGGCAACAUCCAUAAAACUAACUUAAGUUGUUGUUAUACUAAAUACCGCGUUGACAGCCGCAAGUGGCAGAAGCUCAAGCAGCUGUCUGAUAUAAGUACGACCAAGAAGCUGCCACAGAGCUCUGUUGAAAGCCCAAGUGGCCAAUCGCAAACAGCGGCAACAACGUUGGCGUGCAACGUCCUUGACAUAGAGCGGACGAACGCACAAAUCAGCCCAGAGUGAAGUGGAAGACGACAUCAUCGGACGAUGAAUUGGACGCGCGUGUUGCUAAUCGGCCUGGUGGCCGUCUUGGCGCUGGCACUUGUGGAGGUUGCAUCACUCUCACUGGAUCCAGUUGCUUCUGCUGAGCUGGAACAGUUUAUCAGGAAAGGAGAUGUGGUCAUUUCCACGCGUCACAUAAGACCGCGACGCAAGCUGCAUAUAUCCAUUGAGGCGCUGUUCAUGAUCGACUUUCCCAUGCUGAAGCAUAAGAUGUCCUUCUUCCUGGACCGCAAGCAGCAGCGCGUUACGCUGGACAUUAGCGCCAAUGGAGCGACAGAGUCACGCAACUUUGAGAUACCCAACAUAAAUGAGACGAGCACCAUACGAUCGUUGGCCCUGCAGUUCUCGAAGAAUCGCAUUACACUCCAUGUGGACUGCAAGCCGAGCACUUUCCAUGACAUUGACAUGAGCCUGUCCAAGCUGUACACCCAAAUGGAUGAUCCAGUGAUUAAGCUGUUCAGGGAACGCAAAUAUCCACUGCACUUUGAUGCAGACAUGGAACACUCGCUGCAGCGUGCCAACUGUCAAAAGGGUCUCCAUCGUCGGGGCAAUCGACGCAUGCUGCGGAACAAGAUUUCCGAGCGUGAGAAGAACAGGAAACGCGAUUUGCGCAGCAAUUGGUACCAUGAGCCAACCCUGGCCCGGGACGGCGUCGACCAGCGUCAGCAGGAAAUACCUACGGAUGUGGAGCGUGGCGAUAUACCCAUCAUGCAUGGCGAUUGUGAAGACGCCCUCGCACGAUCGCUGAGCGAUCUUCUGGCAUUGGUUAAGCUGCUGCGCGAAGAUGUCGCCCACCAGCGUCAGGAGAUUGCCUACUUGCGCAUGCUUUUGGAGAACUGUGCGGGCUGCAAGGAGCCCAGCGGAGACAAUCAUAUACGCCUCGAGCCCAAUUGCCGCACUGCGAAUCCUUGUUAUCCUGGCGUUGAUUGCCACGAGACCGCCUCGGGACCCAGGUGCGGCCGUUGUCCUGCUGGCUUCAUUGGCGAUGGCAAAGUCUGCAAGCCGGGCGUCAGCUGCGCGGACAGGCCCUGUUUUCUAGGCGUUCAGUGUCACGAUACGGUGAACGGUGCCCAGUGUGACUCCUGUCCGGCUGGCUAUGAAGGUGAUGGACGCACAUGUUCGCUACGUAAUCCUUGCCUGGACACACCAUGCCCCUCAGGCAACAUUCUAAUGCCCACACAUAAUGUGCAGCACUAUCAGAGGCAGAGCCAGUACACAGCACGCAAAUACUCGGUUGUAACGAACUGAAUCAGAUCAGAGUAGAAUUUAAUUAUAAAUUCGAGUAACUUAGAGACAGAGAGCGAGAGCGAGAGAGAGCACAUAAUUAAUCACUUAUAAAUAGUCAUAAGUUGUAAGCUCUAUGAAUGGCAAUCGAAUUAAUUCAAAGUAUUAGCAACGUUUCGCCCUUAAACAAUAAAUCACAAAAGUACUUACAAAAAUAAUAAUAAAUACAAUUAAAUUAAAUCAACUUUAAAAAACAAAUAGUAAAUACUCUAAUAAUACUUGGAAAAAGAAACCAACCAGAAAGUGGAGUUUAUAAGCGUGUUACGAAAUUUGUUUUCCCCUCUCUGUAAUGCCUAAAAUGAGAUGUGAAUAAAAUUAUACAGUAUAUUUUUCAAAAACAUAUCAAAUUACA